AUCGCCAUCACCGCCACCGCCCUCGUCAUGGCCGCCACGUUCGACUCGGCCAAUGGUCUGGCCAAGUACCUUGACGAGCUCCCGAACGGAAGCUCCUUCACUCAAGAGCUCGGCCACCCGGGCAGCGACAGCUCCAAGUUCACGAAGUUCGCCUCCACUUUCGCCGACGCCGGCCACUCGUGGAGCACCGACUUCUGUGGCAAGACGUUCCCCGGCGCGUCGAUGACCAACGGCGAAGCGUUUGGUGACCCGUGCUGCACGUGGACGAAGGGGGGCACCCCGGACUUCACCGUCACGGCAUUCACGACAACCCCCACCAAGGCGACGGUGUGCGCUGCAACGACUGAGUCCACGGCCUCGUCGACCGCUGGAAGCUCGACA